AUGGGCAAAAAGGAAGGGCAGAGGGCUUCAGCGUCUGCUACGGAGCAUGCUCAGUUGCCUUUCGCCGUAGAACUCGACGGGCAGCUGUUUAGGUUGCUACACCGGGAGCGGGGGGAGGCGCUGAGCCAAAGGGAAAAAAAGAAGCCCCACAAAAACAAGCCGCGCUCUUUUCGCUUGGAGAAGAGGCUCGGGGGCGUGCGGUGAGUUUCGGGGGGAGCUGGGCGAGGAGGGAGGGUUGGGCAAGCGGGUGUUGCUAGCCUGGUGCUCGGAGGGAGAGAUCGGGGCACCUUUGGGUGCCGUGAGCGCGCGCGCGCACGGAUGGGUUUGUUUUUCUGCUUAUGGUAUCAGCUGCGCGUUCCGACGAGCAACUCUGGCCCAGAGUGGUGGGAGGGAAGGAUCGCGGCCUGCACGCAUCCUGGGCUUCUGUCUGUGUGUGUGCGCGCGCGCAGGAGCGUUGCCAAACAAAAGGGGGAAAAAGCCGGGAGCGGAGGAAUAAAUAAAUGCAUCGCCAGUGGUGGCGAUGGGGUAAUCCAUUGGGAAUUUGGGCCGCCAUCCUAAUACAGAUACAGCCUGUUCCUAGGUAUCAGUUCCCUGCUUUGAGCGCAGAUUGGGGGACGAAAGAGAGGAAAGAGUUGCGGUGCUGCCCUGUCAUUUCUGUCGGGGCCUCUGAGAGGGUUAGGUUUGGAGAGGCCUUGGAACCGGCGGCCCCUUUCUGGUGGAAUUGCUGCUGCGUCUUGCAACAUACAUGUAAAACGCAUUUAAAGAAAUCCUGGUAAGUGUAGUGCUGGUAAUCGUAGCUCUGCGAUGGUAAACUACAGUUCCCAGGAUUCGAGGUGUGCAUGUGCCAUCUAUUACUUUCCCAUCCGCCUUUCCUACGUCUUUCUAGAGUUAAGCCUCAGCAUUUCGGUGCCUAAUUACGUUUACUUCCCAUCAUCUGUUGCUUUUCUCUUGGGUCAUUGGGUUGUUGUUUUUAUUUUGAUUAUGUACUUUGUGGUUUUAUAUUCUGAUGUUAUCCUGUGAAUCGCCUUGCGAGCUGUGGGUAUACGGCAGUAUAUAAAUUCAAUAAUUAUUAGUAAUAAUAUAUUGAAACAGGGUUUGUAUAUAGGGGGUGUCUGAAAUCUAAUGCCAACUAAAGCGCUUCUUGAGACAAGCAUUUAUAUUGUAGGUAGAUGUUAAGGGCUCCUGCCAGUGGUACAGUAGAUUAAGAAAUGCUAAAUCAUUACUUCCUCUCUACUUCCUCUACAUUGAGGAAGAGUCUGCAUUGCAGUUUCUCAUUGCACAAUAAUUAAAAUCUUUAUUUUUCUGAAUCUGGAGCAAGCAACUAAUAAUUACUCACUCUCUACUAGAGUUGCAGAGAAGUGCAUCAGUACAGGUGUGUUCAUAAUUUGGGUGUGAAGUGAUACACCACAGCGGGUGGAAAAACACACGUGAUUGCAACAUUUUGUUGCUUCCCAUGAAUUCAGAUAUGGUUCUGAAACCUGAGAAUUGGAAAUGGCUCUUCCUCUCCAUAAUAUAAUUACUCUGUGCUUUUGAGGUACUGUUGCUUUUUACUGUUCCUGCUUUUGAACUGCAUUGUUGUGAAUCCCUUUUUAACUUUAUUUUGUCUUCAUACGUCAGUGACCUCUGAAAGUUUUUAAAAUAAAAUAAAAUAAAAUAAAAGGGGUUAAGUGUGCUUAACGAAUGAAUUAAAUAAAUUUUGUUCUACUAAAAUAAUAAUUAAGUGCUAAGUUGCUGUGCAGUUUCAGUUUCAUUGUAUAGCAGUUUGGAUUGCUUCUGUGACCCAAACCAAACUCUGUUACAGCCUUCUUUAACUAAUGAGAAGUUGGUAGCCAUUGAGGAAUAUGGGAGAGGAGAAUGAUUGGAAAGUCACCCUCCGCUCAUAGCUCUGCAACAGGAGACAGGUGAGCUCCAGGUCUAAAAGUAGCUUCUUGCUCACCUCAUCCUGUACCUCAGCAGCCUAGGCAUAUUAAAUUACCCCAUGAAAUUCAGGACUAAUCUGCUCAUCUAAUAUCUGAACUGGAAUGCUACAGUGUUUGGGGAGAAGGCUUAUUUUUGCUUCCCCUCAUGUGGUUGAGGGAUGCAUGCCUCAAUGAUGUGCAUCCCUGUUCUCUAUUUUCCCACCACUAUUUGAAUUCCAAGAUACUUUAAGCUGUUUAAAGAUCUACCCCUCCCACAGCAGAAACAGUCCUCUUGUGAAUAUCUUAUUUAUUUGGAUUUGAGAACGUGCUUUUCCUGUAAUCAUAAACCUAAGGAAGCUGCCUUUUACUGAAUCAGACCAUUGAUUGAUCUAGCUCAGUAUUGUCUUCACUGUUUGGCAAGAGUUUCAGGCAAGAAUUUCUUCUUAUACCAAACUCAUUGGUCCAUUUAACCAAGUAGUGUCCCAAGAUUUCAGGCAGGUAUCUUUCUCAGCCCCAUGUCGAAAUGAGCCUGGAAAAUUUUGUAUGCAAAGUGCAUGCUUUAUCACUGAACUAUGAUCCUUCCCCAAGAUUGGGAACAAGAGGUGUUUUGAAGAAAGUUUAAGCUCUAGCACCACAUAAUAUGUUUUACUUAUUUAAAUUAUUUUAUUUAUUAAAUUUCUAUACUGCCCUUCAUCUGAGGAAAAACAAGGUGGUUUACAAUAUAAAAUUAUUUAUAACCUACUCCUAAUUGUUCACACAAUCCCAGACUGAAGGACGUUAAAAUGCAACAAAACAAUCUUCAUUUAAGUACAGCUUAAUGUAAAAUUAGACAAUAUACUAUCAACAUAAUAUUACAACAAAUGGUACCACUUUGGCCAAAUGCUAUGUGUUUAACCUGGUGUGCUAGCGGGUGUGGAAUUUGUUUAGGUAUUGAGUGAGCGGAUGUGUACUGAGAAAAUUCUUUGUUUUUUAAUGAUUUUUAUAUUUUAUCUGCUUUAUGCUCCGUAUUAUUUAUACACUAUGUUACAUAUUUUUAAUUCCCUCUUUAAAAUACUUUGCAAUGAAAACAGCAGUAAUUCCAGAGUUGGGAUUUUUGAGAAUAAAUUGCUCAUUAUAUGCAUUGCUCUCUUCUCACUAAGGGCAACUUGAGUGUCAAAAGCCCUACAUGGGCAGGCACAACACACACAUGCACAUGGAGCUCCCUGCUCUUUUCUGCCCUUCUGGCCUGUAGUUGCAGGGUGUUGCAGCCUGUAAGCCCUGCAUCUUACAAUUUUUAGACUCAUCCAUACAAACUCUAGCGACUGUUUUUUUUUCUUGGGCAGGGAAUGGGGGUGAGGGGCAGAAAAGAAACAGGACCCCUCUUUUAAUUCCAGUACUGCAUGUGAAAAGCUGAGAGGGGAGGGAGGGAGAAGAGAAACAGAGAGCAUGCUGGGAGCUGUAGUCCUGAAUGCUCACUCUCCUGCUCAGCAUCCUACUACAUCUCCCAUAAAGCCAGUCGUUUUGCAAAACAACCCCCUCCUCCGCCUCUGCCUCUCUUGGGAAACUCGUCUCCUGGGUCCCGAGGAGGGAGGGAGAAGCAACCUACCGGAGCUACGUUAAUGUUUUUUUCCCCGUUGUUUUUUUAAUGGCGUGCGCCUUCCCUGAUGUUACAGCUUGCAAGCCGCGCAGCUAGGCUGGGCACCAGAGCCGUGUGUGUGUUCGUGUGACGAAUCCCUGCAGAAACGGGGAGAGCCGGGGCUCCCCUCUGGAGCUUCUUUCUGCCGGGCUACGUCACAGGGAGGGAGAAAAUACCCCGGGCCCCGCGCCCAAGGCAUCGCGGUGCGUGGUGUGUUUGCGCGGCGGCUGACCUGCAAAUUGAUUGCUUCACUGCUUGCUUUUAUCACUGAAUUGCCCGUAACUUAAUGCCGGCUGCUUCUGGAAGGUCUUCCAUGUCUCGUUUUUGUCCCUUCAGGUGAAGCGCCCAUACCUGCAGGAGGAGGAGGAGAAAGGCGGUGGAAGAGGAGGGAGCGCGGCCAGGGGACGCAGGUGAGGCAGGCUGAGCCAAAAAGAAACUGCACACCUGCUGCCUUCUGGAGCGAGGCUGUUGGGGAAGGGGCAGGUGAUAGCAGAGGGAGGGAAGGGACUAGCUGACCACACACCUGUGUGUACAUCUAUCUAUCUAUCUAUCUAUCUAUCAAUCAUCUAUCUCUCUCUCACAUACACCCAGCGCUGUUACCUGAGGGAUGAGAAGCAGAGGGGAGGUGGGGUUUGGCUGAGGAUCGUUUGCAGGGAUCAUGAGAGGGGUUUAAUUUGCUUGAAAUUUCCCCUGGUUGGCUACAUCUUUUAUUAAAAGAUAGGGUGCUUUUUAAAGACAUGCAAUACAUAUUUAUUAUGGCAUGCGUUUUUUUGUAGAUUAAAUGCCCCCUCUUUUUUUUGGUAUGGUCCUCCCAAUAAAAAGUUUGCCCAUUUGUGGAUUUGGAGGGAUUGUUAUUAUGUGCUGACAUGACUGCCUUUGCUUUUCAUAUUUCUUUCCAUCUUUAAAGUGCUACCGUUUUGUUUUUGCUGCAGCAGGCUUAACGUUGCAGUCCUAUUCAGGUCUAUCUAUUCAGAAGUAACUGCUGAUGAGUUUAGUAAGGUUUAUUCGUCUUAGUUGCAGCCUAAAAGGGAUACACAUCUAGAAGUUGUUGCAUAUCUAUCCGUGCUAUAUCUGAUUUCCUUCCUUCGCUCCAUAAUUGUUUCUUGAGUUAGGUCUUGGAGACAUUUGGUGUCUACUGUUUACAAGGCUUCUGUCAUCUUAUGUAUGCUUUGGCUCUGGCAAGUUUAGAAAUCUAAGAUUCAUCAUAGAGCUUCUUACUUGCAUUUAUAUUAGAGUAUUAAAUAUUCCUCCCUCUUCUCAGAGGAUUGAUGAAUGCUAAAUAAUUAGUAAUUUGCAAAUUGUGGUUUGCAUCAGCAGUCAUUAUAUAUUACAUAUGCACUGAGAUUAUAACUUCAGUUUGUAUGUAAGUCAUGUUCAGAGCAGACCUAUUAAAAUUAAUGGAUUUAAGCAGGUCAUGACAACUUACCUCCAUUUUAAAUGGGUUUCCUCUGAAAAUGGCUAACAUAUAAAUCUUGAUCUCUGUUUCUUUUCUAGUGGGAAAGAUGCUGUAGCCCUAGUCAUUCAUUGUUAUUAAUAUAAAAAGGUGAACAAACUGCUGUUUUAAUCUGGGUGUUGUGGAAAUUAUACUCAUUUUCUCAGGUAGUUUUAAUGAAUAAUUUUGUUUCUUGGGAAAAUGCAGAAAGGGUUAAAAUGCUGGUGACUAUGACCUUUUGUGAGUUCCAUUUGUUUUGAUAGGUGGAUGGGAAGCCUCCCAGUAAGGAAUUAUUUACAUAUGUAUAGCUAGGAAAAAUCCCAGGCAACCCAAAAUAAACUUUGUCACUGAUUAGGACUCUGAAUACUUGAUUCUGGAAAGAAAUAUAUUAUGAGCAGAGCUUAAGCUCAUUACUAUAAUUAGUUUGCAUUAAAUUAUUAUUAGGUAUUAGGUUGCUGUGUGUCCCACUUGCAUUUUGGGUCAGUUUGUUUUGUUUUUGUGGACCAGAGCAAACUGCUACAACUGUUUUUUAAAUAUUUGAUUCCGCAGCCCCUCUUCAGUAUUACAUAGGGUUUGUUUUGUUUUUGUGGACCAGAGCAAACUGCUACAACUGUUUUUUAAAUAUUUGAUUCAUCAGCACCUCUUCAGUGUUACAUAGGGUUGCCAUAAAAAAGUGAAAAUCACUUUUUUCUUAGGAAAAUCAACACUUCAGAUAUGGGCUGCCAUAAGCCCACGUUUCUCCGGAUAUUUUAGCCGCUUUUCGGAAAUUCUACCCAGACGCCAUUUUCAACAGACAAAUGCCGGCUAUGUCUGGGAAAUUCCAGACAUAUGGCAGCCCUAGUAUUACAGUCUUAUUAUGUGUGUUCUAGAGGAUUAAUUCCCAGGUUAACGUGCACAGUCUUAUAAUCAAAUUCAUAGUUAUUUUGAUACAGUUUGAUCUAUCUAUCUAAAAUACAGUGGUCCAAGCCAAGCUAACCAUAUCAGAUACUGGCUUGCUCUGAGUUCCAUUAAUGCAUAGUUUCACAAUUCCUCUAGCCUCACAGCUGUACCUGAAUUGAAGUUUAUUUUUCAUUUCAAGUAGUUGUCUUAUCACGGCUAGCACACUGUCCAAAUGUCCAGUGUGAUAACUGCCUGUUUUAUCUUUAACUCAGCUGACUUUAAACCCUGACCCAGCAAGCCUUCCCAUAGUCCAGGAAAUUUUAGGCUGCAGUCUAUACCCCAGCCGCUGGCCGGCAGAGCUGUAUGAAGCGGCAAGGCCACCACUGUACCUGCAGGCCUGCCAUGCACAGAGGAAGAUAUGUGGGUGUGUGUAGCUGCACCAUCCUGGAUCUGGCCCAUGCCAUCACAUAGCAGUAAAACUGGUUGGAAUCCAAGGCAUCCUCAGCCCCACCUGCUCCCUGCCUCCAGAAUGUCCUACUUAGAAGCUUUUUGCUGGCCGACACCCCACAGGCAACACUCACAGUCAGCAGGAGGCCAGCUUAGCUAGGGGAGCUGGGUAGAGGGACCUCAUUACUCAUUUCAAACUGCCCCCAGCCCCGGUCUGGGCUCCGUUAGACAAAGUUCUGCAAGUAUAGCAGGGAAAUGGAACAGACAUUGCUGGACUGCAGUUUCCAUCAGCUCUAGCCAGCAUGGCCAGUGGUCAGGUUUGAUGGGCCGCCGGUUCCCCAUCUCUGAAGCAGAGUAAAGGCAAAGCAGGGAUAACCCAUUUAGCCGAGAACACAUAUAACAUUGCUGUGGAUUUCAAUUCACAGGAGCCCUAUCUUUAAAAGUUGGCGACCCUACAUGUUUAGUGUACUUACAGAUGGCUCUCUCGGAGACAGCUGAUUCCAGGAUUUCAGAUCAAUAUUUACAUGUUCUGGUUUCUGGCUGUCAGGAUGAUUUGUGAGGAACAAGUGUAGGAUUAGUGUACUGAGUGGAACACAUGAGUAGCUUUGCAGCAACAUACAGUGGUGCCUUGCAAGACGAAAUUAAUCCGUUCUGCGAGUCUCUUCGUCUUGCGGAUUUUUCGUCUUGCGAAGCACAGCUAUUAGCGACUUAGCGGCUAUUAACGGCUUUAAGAAAAAGGAAACAAACUCGCAAGAACUCGCAAGACGUUUCGUCUUGCGAAGCAAGCCCAUAGGGAAAUUCGUCUUGCGGAACGACUCAAAAAACGGAAAACUCUUUCGUCUAGCGAGUUUUUCGUCUUGCGAGGCAUUCGUCUUGCGGGGCACCACUGUACAUAGUACUGAAAGAAAACCAAGAGGUAGGUAUUAUGAAGAAUGUAUUCCCCAUAACUAAAGAUUCUGCACAGAACUAGAAACUUUUGGCAUAAUUAUCAUAAUGUAUGGGUAUGGGUGGUGAUAAUUCUUGAAACAAUAUAACUUUUUUCCCCAAUCAGAAAAAGCAGAUGAUGAUAUAUUACUUAUAUAUCAGCCUUUCUGACUGGGUUGCCCAAGCCACCCUGAGUGGCUUCCAACAGAAUAUAAAAUAACACAACAAAACAGUACUAAACACCUUCUCAGCCUUUCACAGACAUAAUGCUGAACAACUGUUUGUUUUCCUUAAUUGGGAUUAUGUGUUGCAACUGAAUACUUCAACUGUGAUUAAGAAUUGGCUUGCAACCAAGCCAGGAUGGGAGACCACAAUGUCUGAGGUUUGCACAUUAUGGCUUGCAUCAGUCAUGGUUAAAUAUUACAUCUGAACUGAGCCAGUCACGAUUAUGGCAGUUUGCCUCCCUUUCUAGGCUCCCUGCUAGCAAGUUGCAACCAAGUCUCCCUGAAUGUUUUCCUGGUGGGCAGUGGUUUAUCUCAGCAAGCUGAACCAUAGUUUUAGUGUUUUCAUUUAUUCAGUUCAACAAUACAGUGGUACCUCGGGUUAAGUACUUAAUUCGUCCCGGAAGUCCGUACUUAACCUGAAACUGUUCUUAACCUGAAGCACCACUUUAGCUAAUGGGGCCUCCUGCUGCUGCCGCGCCGCUGGAGCACGAUUUCUCUUCUCAACCUGAAGCAAAGUUUUUAACCUGAAGCACUAAUUCUGGGUUGGCGGAGUCUGUAACCUGAAGCGUAUGUAACCUGAAGCAUAUGUAACCUGAGGUACCACUGUAUUUAUAGUGGUCCCAGUUGUCCCUAAGCAGUGAACAGGAAACCCAAUACAAUGAGACUACAAAUGAGUUAAUAGCUCUCCAAAUGAAGCCUCCUAUAUAUAACAUGCCUCCAGGUCUAAAGUCUGCCUCUUAACUUUUCCUACCAGCAAACAUGGGGAAGUCUCUUUCAAUGCCUUUACAUGGAUCUAA